AUGGAGACGACACUACCAAAGUCUAUUCAGAGUGGAGGAGAAACAGGGUUAAUAGCCACGCCGGAUCAACACAUAACUGCACUUCCAACCCGCACUUUUCGGGAAUCGCAUCCAUCGUUGAACGGUUCCCAAGCGAGGACCACGUAUGGCAGAGUACUAUCGCACCACCCGCAAACUUCAUUCUCUUCGCACUUAUCGCAGGACCCCUUCUCGCACCGACGUCGUGGCAGUACUUUGAAAGUCGUCAUGAGGAAACUAUUUGGUAUGAAGCGACACAGCAAUUUAGACGGCGAGGAAGAGAGUGUGAGCCCGGCGACUGUGAGGCAUCAUCAUCAUCAUCAUCAUCAUCAUCAACCGUUGGCUACACCAACGGGACCAAAUCGAAUACUGUUUGAGACAGCACGCCAAUCAGACUCGAGCAGUAGAGGAUCGGUAUCAAAACGCAAACAGUCUCUUCCGGCCAGCCACAUCUCCUCUGUGUCAUCGGAUCAUGUCUUGGCGGCAGCUCAAGAUAAUAGGAUUGAGGUUCCAACUCACACCCUCAGACGAAGGGCAACUUUGCCAAGUCUCAUUCUCACCGAGGAUGUUGAUACCAAGGGAUCGAUCUAUUCGGAUCUCUCUCCUACGAGUACGCGGCCCGUAAGCGUGGUCAUAGAGAGCCACGAGGACCGUGAGCACCAGGAUGACCACGACGACUCAAAAUCACAGCGUAGUUUGAGAGCACACCGUCGGUCCAGAAGUGCGGAUGCCCUAAGAGAUCUUGUGCGACAUCACCGGAUGUCCCCAAUACAAUGGCGGCGACGCAGCGACGAAAUCAAAUUCUGGAGAACGAGCGUCCUCGAAAUGGACGAGGGCGAGGGCGAAGGCGAGGGUGAGGACGAGGACGAUGGGGAAGUUCAAGCCAGUGAUAACAGUCAAUACAAACCGAGGAUAGACUCACUGCCGGAGUAUCAGAAAGCAAAGAGUGCCAACGAUGAUAGUCUCCCCUUGCAGGACGUCUCUACGUCAGCACCAUUCCAAAUUGAAAGUCUGAUAGCCAGCAUGGCCGACCCCGAUGCAACCGUCGAACAACGGCUAACGACGAUCGAAGUCAAACUCAUGGACCUGGAAUUUGCCAUCUCCAAAAUUCAAGGCACCGAUAACAACGUCUUCUCCAAGCCUCCCCCAGCGAGCUCCCCAGAACCAAGGAACGCCUCUUUGUCCCCAAACUCAGCCUCAAGAUCUACUACCAACGACACAUCAUCAAUCAUCAGCGAUGCCACAUCCCAAAGCUCCGCCUCCUUUGGCGGCGGCGAAGACCGCCCCAUUAGCACCGCAACUCUACGCCCCAGCAUGAUCUACUCCCCACAACCACCACCAUGGCAAAACAAUUCCUGGUCCUCCAUGAACCUCAACGGCAUUUCAAUCGAGCAAUACAGCGCUCUCGUCACUCUAGUCCGUCGCGAACAGACCGCCCGGAAAGCACUCGAAACCCAAGUGGCGCAAUUACAAGAGGAGAUGCAACAAAUUCGACGCUCAUCGGGCCUACCUGCUUCGCCUCCAGGGACGUUGUAUCCUAUCCCGAGCCCGGACUCGGAUGAUGGCAAGUUUCGACGAAAACGACACACAGCCUCGUCGAGAAAGGAUUCGAGCACGAGUGGUGAUACCAGGGUUUCCGAGUCGAGGACGACGCGGGACAGUUCCAAGUAUCGACUUACCAGAGAAAGGCACGACUCGAACAUGAUCUAG